UGUUUUCCUGAGCCAACAGUGUUUCAGUGCUUGAUGCAACAUUUUUAAAUGGGGAGAUUUCACAUAAAAGUGCAGAUUUGGGCGGCUCUCUUGGGAAAGGAGAUGUGGCACUACCGGGCCUGCCUCUCCCACGCAGCAGUUAACUGCCCGAAGCUGCGACAGCUGCCUGCUUUGGACGCACCAACGUCCAUCCAGGUCACCACAGCCCCCGCCACUGCCACCAAGUGCAGAUGUGGGCACCUGUAGCCAGAAGGACAGGCCCGGGACCUGGCCGGCCCCUGAAGGAAUCUGUGACCUCAUACUUGAACAGCCACCUGGGGGCGAUGUUUGUCCCAUCAUUUAUUCUUCUAACUUUUAGCAGCUUGCUGAGGUAAGAAUUCUUUCCAUCUUACAAGAAGAUCCAAGGAGGUGUCCCAUGAACCCAUAGCAUUUUGGCAGGGAUUUGGACCCAGGCCUGCCUGCCUGGAAGCCUGGGCUUCUGUUCUUGGCCAAACUGUCUCACUGCCACUAGCUUCCACCCGCUGGUCCAAAAGCACUCGUCCAAAACAGCUCUCCCUUUGCCUGAAGGACACUGUGACUUCCUUGUUAUGUCACCCGCUCAGUCACGAUUGGGCCGAGAGCAGAGUGUGGCCCGGCCCACUGGGUCCCCACGGCAGCCCUGCCAGCCCAGCCCGGGCAGGCCUGGCUUAGCCACACAUGCACCAUGAAGUACCCCCUGGUGCCGCUGGUGAGCGACCUCACGUUUUCUUUCCUGGUGCUCUGGCUCUGCCUGCCCGUGAGCUUGCUGUUGUUCCUGUUGAUCGUCUGGCUCCGCUUCUUACUGAGCCAAGAUUCAGAGGAAAAUGACUCAGAUUUAUGCUUUGACUGGGAGCCCUGGAUCAAAGGCCCAGCCCAGUUUUGCUGGGAGGGGACACUCCAUAGCUAAAAGGAGGAGAGGCCCAGCUGGUGAGCCUGUUCAGCCAGGUGAUCUCCCAGGGUCCCUGGGGAGGAGCCUGAGCCUGUGAAGAUGGGAUAAGCAGGCACUUGGGGAGAAAUUGGCCGCCUGAACGCAGAGGAUGUCCUAGGACGGCUGGGCCAGAAGGUGUGAGUCCGUAUUAAAGAGACGAAGGGGUUCCUGUGCUCAGGAGACCCCUGAUAAACACACUGGGCCCAGGCAUUCAUUUAACAAGCUGUGGGCUCUGGGCCCAACCCCCGGCACUGACUCCAACCGUCCUUGACCAUCUUUGGGAAUGCCUGACUCUCUCCCACCCUUUCAAAGGGUUG